AUGUCGAAAGCAUAUGAUGAAUUCACAAGUCGCGAUAGCAACGAGGAGGAUGAUGAUGACGAUGAUGAAAUUGGAGCCCUUGGCUCAAUACUUUCAUGGGACGAAGAUGAAGAAGGCGGAGUUGGAGCAACAAGUACAAAUGCAGCACUUUCAGAUCGCGAAACAAUGCAGUCAACAACAUUACCCGAUCUGGUCAGCUUCAACAUGAAGGGUGAUGGCAUCACUUCGGCCUAUUUGCAACACUUUUCUACUGUUCCUAUGAAUCAUAAUGGCAGUGCUGCGGAUCCGUCUCCUUCACCGAUUGGUGGCUAUCAGAGUCAAAUGUCGUACAACGAAGGGCAGUCCACUGCGCCACAGCAACCAGUUGAGCAGAAGCUUGAAGCAAGUACGAGACCGCAAGCUUUGACCCCUGCUAAUGCGGCGCAAGCACAACUACAACAACAGUAUCAACAGCAGCAGCUGCAACAGCAGCAAUUGAAUAUGAUAAAUGCUCAAGCUGUGGCACAGCAAACAAGACAAGCGCAACCGCAGCAGACAGGGCUCCAGGGUACUUCGGCAGCGACUCAACAACAACAGCAGCAGCAAGUUGCUCAACAGGCCGCUGUUGCUCAACAGGCCGCUGUUGCUUCCAAUCUUGCCGCUAGCCAAUCAGGAGCAUACGCUAUGUUUCAACAAAACGCUCUUCUGGCUCAAGGCAAGCAGCAGCAGGCUGUGGGUAUUGCUCCAGCCGUGACAACUAUGGUGAUGCCGAAUAUGGCUCAAGCACAGACAACUGAUCAGAGGACUGACCAGCAACACACACAAUAUGCAAUUGCUGAUCCAAAUGCAUUUUUACGUCAACUUCAAGUGGCUCAGCUACAGCAGCAGUUUAAUGCCGCUGCGGUUCAGCAAACAAGGCCAAUUACCCAGCAAGUAGUCGCAACCGGUCAACAAGCAACACAGGUUUCUGCAGCUCUCCAACAGAUGCAGUACCAAGGUCAGCUUCCUAUCGUCUCCUCGGUCCAAGUCGCCGCACAAUCGCGUCAGCCCGCAGGUUCGAAGAAGGCCUCGUCUCAGAAGAAGCCACCACAAACGGCAUCGGCUCCGAAACAAACACGAGAUCUUGCUGCUGCGAACAAGGCUUCAAUCGUUUCCGCCAGUGAUACGGAUGGUGAAAUAUCAUCAAAGGUAGGAUCUGCAACUACAACGAUUGCCUCAAAAAAGUCAAGUUCAUCAAUGAGUAAAAAACUUGAUUUGGAUACUUCCCAUAUGAGCGCCGACGAAAAAGCUAGAGCAAAUCGAGAUAGAAAUCGAGAACAUGCUCGAAAUACUCGGCUUAGGAAAAAGGCAUACCUUGAAAAGCUAAAGACAACGGUCGAUGAACUAUGUAGGGAGAGGGACACGUUGGUAACUGAAAGAGCCGGGGCUGCAAACAUUCUUGUAGAUAUGCACAACACGAGAACUGAAGUUCUCAUGUCCUUCUUUGCCUUGAGAUCGGCAAACGAGAAGCGGAGGGAAUUGUGGGCCAGCAUUCUGGAUGAGAGCUCGUUUCAGUGCGUAUUGCCUGUGACGCCGUAUCGAUCGUUUCCAGCGAGCGAGGUACAGGUCUCGAAAUGUCAAAGAACAAUUCUCGGGAUCGAUGGUAUGAUGGCUGAUACUGCGUCACUGCAUGUACUUUUAAACUCAUUGGUAGACCGUUCAAGGUUUCCAAAUGGGACAAUUGUGUUUCAAUACACGCUCGUGACAGAAGAAGCGGUGAUUGCAGGGAAUCAAAUCAUGGCAAGGUGGGUGAUGUCCACUCUAAAUGCCACACAAUGUGGUGCGAGAAUGGAGGUGGGAAAGCAGGGAAUGUUGUGCUGCAGAUUCAACAGUGCCCACAAAAUCACUGGGGUUGAGCUCAUGUUUGACGUGAUGGCACUGAUGUUGCAACUCAAACAAGCUGCAGGCUCAGAAACUUUCUCAGUGAUUCCAAAUACCGUGCAGACAUGUCAAAGGAGCUUUGACAAGCCAAUGGUUAUGACUCUUGCUGAUGAACCCUAUACCAUUGUUCAAGUAAACAAACUUUGGGAGGAGAUGACAGGCUACAAGGCCGAAGAAGUGGUUGGGAAGACAUCAUGUCGAAUAUUGGAGGGUGAAGAAACGGAUCCAACUGCUGUUGAAGUGUUGAUGAACGAAAUUCGAUUCAAGAGACCUGCAUCGGCGAUGAUAAUCAACUGCAAGAAAAGUGGGGGGCGAUUCCGCAACUUCUUCUUGGCCUAUCCACUGAGUACGGACUCGCGAAUAACUCACUAUCUUCGCCUUUCAACACAUGUUGACACUGUUGGCGAAGCCAAAUCAAUUGCACCACAGAUUAAGCAGAAUGUGCAAUAUGCUGCAAGUGUCGCGACGCCAGGAAAUAUCAUGGUUCCAAGUUCUAUGGAUGGUAAUCGACAGGCUGGCUCGCAACCUGAGUUCUAUGGCGGUGUACAGGCUUCUAAUCCAGGCGUUGCUGCAACCCAAGCAACAACAGAAGGUGCGGAACCGUUUCAACAACCAGUGUACAGCAUCGCUCCUGUGUUGUCAGAAACAAUUCCUGCAUCAGCAGCAGGUGGAAUGAUCUUGCCUCCUGCUCUUGGUGCAAAUAACAUGGGUAUGCAGCAGCUCCCCGUGGGCAAUCUAAAGAGACCCAAUCCUUCGACAAAUGAUUCGGCUGCAAAGCAACAAAAAAUGAGCAAUAAUGUCGACAGUGCGACAACAAACGGGAAGUCCAAAUGA